UGAUGUUACUCCCAAUAUUAUUUUCGUUUUCGUGAGGGGGAAAUUAAUUGCACUGCGUUUCUACGGGGGGAGGAGAGGGAGAGAAAGAGAGAGAAGCAAGAAAAUAAGGAGAGAAUAUAAAAAAAAACUAGAGAGAGAGAGAGAGAGAGAGAGAGAGAGAGAGAGAGAGAUUUUAAAGUUAACCGAGUCGAUAAGAAGAUUUUGUGCAGAUUCCUCGGCAUUUUUCCACAGAGUACUACUCUCUUGUUAUUAAUCAUCGGGAUUUACCAAAUUUAAUAAUUUCAGAUUGUAGACACAAGGAGCACGAGAGUGUGUGUGUGUGUGUGUGUGUGUGAGAGAGAGAGAGAGAGAGAGAGAGAGAGAGAGAGAGAGAGGCGAUUUGGGUUUCCGUUUGCAGGUCUUGAAUCAGGUAUAUCCUAUACAUACAUAUAUAUAUAUCGACACAUAAAGGCAAUUGAAAACGAAAAGUUGAUGUUCUAUCUCGAUCGCGUUGGUCUCGGCGCCGAUGGCAUCGGAUAAGCGCAAGGUACGAACCCUCGAGGACUUGUACGCUGUGACUCGCUCGAUUUCGCAACCGGAGGCAUAUCACACCAGUCUUGAGUGGCAGAUAUCAGAUGCAAGGGCCAGUGGACGAAACAGACUGUGACAUUCAGGCUAAUAUGGUCUUGUCUCGAGAUGAAAAGGAGUCAAAUAGGCAUUGUAAGAGUAGGAAAGUCCUCAUGAGAGCAGAAUCUGGGACGUGUAACAUGUGUUCUGCUCCUUGCUCAUCUUGCUUGCAUGCUAAUCGAGCUCUCAUGGGGUCAAAGGCAGAUGAGUUCUCUGAUGAAUCAAGUGAAGGAAAUGCUGGCAGUCAGUAUUCUGUUAAUGAUGUAGUACCUGUUAAGCGCACUCCAUAUCGCAGUGGUCAGAAUAGUGCUAGUGAAACAAGUAACUUGUUUAGUGUCAAUUCAAAUCAGGAUUCUCUCUCUGAAAAUGCUGAGAGUAAAGCUUGUUUGAGGACUGGUGAUGUUGAGAUGCAUCAAAAUUUGUUAUCUGGUGUUACUGGUGGGGAUAACCAGCUCCUUUUAAAACCACAAUACAAUGCUGGUAAUAGGACCCUUACAAAAAAGUUUGGGGACCAAGAAGUCUUAGAAAGCCAUGGAGAGAGCAUUUCUUGUGUAAGCAGUGUUAAUGAUGCGAAAGUUUUGGCCAGUCAUGAUAAUAGAACCGUGAUUGGUGAAUCUCAUUCAUGUAAGAAUAUGAUGGACUUGGAAGCAGAAACAGACAAGGUUAGUGGUGGAUUGCCAACUGAUGCUGUGAAUUCUCCAGGGCAAAUUGAAGAAAUUAAGGUGGUCAAGGAGUCACAUGGAUUACCUGGCCUGAAGGAAAAUUCCAAGUCUGUUGAUGAUAGUGAUGAAUCCGAUAUUGAAGAGCAAGAUGUAAAAGUUUGCGAUAUCUGUGGAGAUGCAGGUCGAGAGGAUUUACUUGCCAUAUGUACAAGGUGCAGUGAUGGUGCAGAGCACACCUAUUGCAUGCGGGAAACGAUGGAGAAAGUACCAGAGGGUGAUUGGUUGUGUGAAGAAUGUAAGUUUGAUGAAGAAAUAAAAGACCCGAAGCAGGAUACAACUGUGACAGUAGAUGGGUAUGACAAAAAUCAAUCUUCUGGGCAAGCGACACCUGUGGAAAAGCCGCUGGAAAUAGACCAUACAAAGAUAAAAAAGACAUUAACAGAUUCAGAUGUAGAGGGAAAUAGACCAUAUAAAGAUAUUCUGAGUGGAAAAGCCGCCGGUAAAAGACAUGCAGAUAACACUGAAGUUGCUGCAACAGUGAAAAGGCAGGCUCUUGAGACAACUGUGGGUUUGCCAAAGGCAUCCAGUCCCAGCAGAAUAGCAGCACUUUCUCGUGAUUUUUCAUUCUCAAACCUUGAUAAAGGAAAAGUGAAAUCUGCACACCAAUUGUCUUCUGGCACCAGUAGUGAUAAUUCCAAAGCUGCGUUUUCUCCUAAAGGUCCACGAGGGCAGACAUCUCAAGGUACUUUAUUGAAGUCUAAUUCAUUCCAUUCUACAAAUGCACCGACAGUGAAACUUGAUGAUGAAGUUGUUCUUCAAAAGCAGAAAUCAGCUAGGGAAUCCACUUCCAUUGAUAUUAAGGAGGGACCUGUCAGAUCGAUAGGCAAAUCGAUGUCAUUUAAAUCCGUAAACCCAGGUCGUUUAAACCCUUCAGAGUCAAAAGUUAAGAUGUUAUCCCCUAAAUUUUCUCAUGGCCAUGAUGUAAAAGGAUCAAAACAAGCAAAAGAGAGGAACUUACUGGAAAGGAAGAAUUCAUUCAAAACAGAGCGGUCAAUGGUGGGUUCAGUGACGGGCAAUGCUACUGUCUCUACGUUGAGAGGUGAUAAAAAAGUAGCACCUUACGGUGAAAGUUACUCACUUACUUCUGUAAGCAACAACCAUGAACCGAAGGGUGUGCAAUCUGACAGAAAAUUAAGUACAUUAUCAAAGUCAAACAGUCUUGUAACUCGAAGAGGUUCAGAAAUGCCAGUUCCUUUAGGUGAAACUAAGGGGCAGUCAUCGUCUCAUGGUGUAGUCGGAGCUUCAUCGAGCAAUGGGAUAAGCAGCACAUGUAAUCCCUCGUCAAGUACUUUUACAGCUGAGAGACCAUUUUGUAGCACGAAUGAAAGUCUUCCAGAUGUGUUACCUCGGCCUACGGAAUCAACAAAUCUUGGUGAGAGAAUGAAGGAGAGUUCUAUAAAUCACUCCAGGACAAAUAUUGUAGCUGGUGGAAGAAGUGCUCCCUGCCAAAAGUCUAAAGAAAUUGGUUCCUCCAAUGUUGAAAAUUCUCAGCCACUUCUCGGUGAUGCAUCUGCUUCAAGAAGUUUAAAAGAUGUGGAUAAAGGUAAUAAAUUGAAAGCGGCAAUUGAGGCAGCUAUGCUUAAAAAGCCUGGAAUAUACAGAAAGAAUAAGAUUCCCGACCAGUCUGAUGAGCUGUCCAUGUCAACCACAAGCUUAAAUUGUGGAACACGUCCUCAAGAUCAUCAAUCGACUUCAAUUAACUCAAGGAACAAUUUUUCUGCGGAAGAGGUGCGUGAAAGGCAAGCACAACCGCGUAAUUCUGCUGCCGAAUCUUGUGAACAGACAACUGCUAACAAUAUGAAGCAUUUAUCUUCACUUCCGUCUGAAGCGGCUACUUUGAAAAUUGGAGAUCUUAAUCUCAUGGAGCCUUCCGAUAGAAAGCUUUUCAUGAGGGACUCGCCAAGUAACGAUAUUCCAGUUGUCUCUGUACUAUUGAAGAUGUCAGUCAUACCAGAACAUGAAUACAUUUGGCAAGGGGGCUUUGAGGUUCAGAAGAGUGGGAAACGCCCAGAGUUACGUGAUGGGAUUCAAGCACAUUUAUCAACUUUUGCAUCACCAAAAGUUCCUGAAGUGGUGAAUAUGUUCCCUCCCAAAAUUCUCUUGCAUGAAGUACCUCGCUUGAGUACGUGGCCUCUGCAGUUUCAGGAAAUUGGUGUUAAAGAAGAUAACAUUGCUCUCUAUUUUUUUGCCAAGGAUCUCGACAGCUAUGAGAAAAGCUACAAGAGUUUACUGGAUACGAUGAUGAGAAGUGAUCUUGCUCUGAAGGGAAGUUUUGAUGGUGUUGAACUUCUAAUAUUCCCCUCCAACCAUCUUCCUGAGAAAUCCCAGCGUUGGAAUACGUUGUACUUCCUAUGGGGUGUUUUUAGAGGAAAGAAGGCACAUUGCUUGCAAGACUUAUCAGCUUCUCCAAAGAAGUAUUCUACUGCCAGAUAUCCCCCCACCACUACGAUCUCUUUGCCCGAGAGCCAAUGCCCUUUAGAUAGGGAUCUACCUACAUGCCCCAAAGCUUGCAAUCUUGCUCUCGCAUCCAGGUGUCCUGGUCCUGCCUUAAUGGAAUCACCCGUUUUAUCAGCUCAAACCACGAAGGUGGGUUUUGACAUAAAUGCAUCUUCCCUUGACCUAAAGGAUCAACACACACAAGUUAAUGCUGGGCAGGACUAUAGAUUUGAUGCUGCAUCCUUGCCUAGGAUACAAAGUACCAAUGCAGUCUCAUUCCAAGAGACAAGACUUACCAGUACUCCCCUGGAAGACAAUGUUGAUGCCGAAUCCAAACUGGAUAUAAAACCUCAACUGUCUGUUCAAGCUGCUGGAACCAUUAGUGGGUUGAAGAAAAUUGACAAGAUACCUAUGUAUCUUGGUAAUGUCACUGAUCAUCAACAGGUUUCAUUUAGUACUUCCGAGAUACAUGGUAGAGACGACAGCAGUGAAAAUCAGGUGAAGUAUGAGAGGACAUUGAAGGAAGAAGAAGGAUCUCUGGACACUAAAUCUGUGCAGUGGAGACACCAGACAAUAAGCAAUUGGACCAUGAAGGAGAACAACAAUUCACAGUACAAUCAUGGGAAACGCCUUCAUGAAGAUUCCACAUGGAAUAAUGUAAAUAAUGAGUUGCUUGAUGGAGGAUUUGCAAGUAAGAAACAGAAAACUGAUUGCAGUAGGUUGUCUGUGCAUGAUAGGUCUCGUGACAUUAACCCUUUGAGAGGAGAUAGUUUUGGUUCAACACAUGAUGUGGGUACCAGUUUUGCAAUCAAGGAGGAGAUUGGCAAAGGAGCUUGCGUUGAAACAGAAGUCUCUAGGAACAAUAUUGGAAGUGCCGGAAGGUACUUGUUUCCUUUUGGUCCACGGGGUCCUGUGAAGGAUUUUAACUCUGGUGUUAAAUCCUUCCAGGAUGAUAUCCGGAUUCCUGAACCAAAUCUCGAGCUUGCAUUAGGGGCAGAUAUGAAACCAUCAAAACAAGGGAUGAUGCUGCCAUUUUCACUGGGGAAAGUGAACCUGAAUGAUGACCACCAAGAGAAGGCUGCAACCAAAGAAGAGGAGGAGGAGGACGACUCUGCCUCUCUUUCACUUUCGCUUGCAUUUCCGUUUCUUGAUAAGGUAAAAGGAACAGGGAAACCUGUCUCCACACCACAGCAGGUGCUUCCUGAUAGGCAACAUGUUAACACUUCACUGCUCCUCUUUGAGGGCUUAUCGGAAAAGUAGGUACUGUGUUGUAUACUUGCGUACCAGAGAUUCUGUGACUGGAUCAUGCUCAAUGAUCUUUUCCCAUGGAUUUUAUAGGAGGUCCAAAUCCCAUGUGUCUAUAGCC